UCCCAGCAUGCCCAGCGCUGAGGACAUCAUCUUGUCGGCCAAGGGAGGAGACGCAGAGCAGAGAUCAUAGAGCGCUCCAUGAUCUUUGAUGCAGAGAAGAGGCUUGGCCAUAGUGGGAGGAAGUGUGUAUGAGAAAUAGAUAGAGAGAUAUAGAGAGAGGUAUAGGGGCAUAUUAACAUAUAUAAAUAGAGAGAGAGAGCGGUAGUGAAGGGGAAAGUGAAAAGGAAAGAAGGAGAAGAAGAGAGGGUGAAAGGAGGAGGAACAAAUGAAUACAAUAGCGAUAGAUAGAUAGUUAUACAAAGGAAGGAGAUCUGGGGUAUUAGAUACUGGGACACAUGGAUAUUGGAGAUUAAGAAGGAAAUAUAAUCAAAGGCAAUGUGGGUGGGAGGGCAGGCAUUAUAUUGGUGUUCAGCAGAGCCAGCGGGGAGGGAGGAGGGGUACAAGCUCACUGAAAAUCUUGGCUUUCUAAUGGCAGUUGAGAAGGGAAAUGUUGCAUUGUAAAGUUGGGUUUGCACAGACUGGUUUGAAGUGACAGGAGAGUGAUAAAGUAGUAGGUUGUAGAUGAGUGAUACAAAACAUUGUGUUAAUAGAAUAAUAUAGUGAAUAGAUGAUAAAAUAACUGAUUUAGAAAACGGUAUCACAGCUAUAGGUACAGUGAGAGGAAGCUGGAUAUAGUGGAAGUAUAUGGAUAAAAAAAGGUUGUAAUAUAAAGAGGCUUCCUACAGUAUAACAGAUGGAAGGGCAGCCAGAAUGAACACUAGGCAGGAGUAGUGAAGAAGUUACAACUUUAAAGAGUCCUAGCAAGCAGGUCAAAGAGACAUGAACUGCUUCUGUCAUAUUAAAGGGGUUUCCAUUGAAACUGAAUUCAUACAAAACACCAAUGAGUUUCUAUAAUUAGGUAUGGUGUGUGAAAUUUCCAUAUUUCAACUGCACAAUGAUUGUAUUCCCAGUUACUGUUGCUUGUUUUAAUCUGGAUUGACACUGGGGUUAAGUAUAUUGAGACAUACACAAGCAAAUUGGCUGACUUUAAUUUGAAGAGGUUUCAGAACCAGUUCUGGCAAAGGAAAGCCAGUUAUGAUGUCCAGCUCUUGACAAAUUAACUGUAUAACAUAGGAGGUUUGUGGUAACUGUGAGACAAAAUGUUAUAAGCUCAUUGGACUGCGAGAAACCAUGGAAACAGAGGUCCCAAGUUUACCUGUGGAGGUCAUUUGCUACAUCCUGAGCUUCUUGUCAACAUCAGACAGGAAGGAGGCAUCAUUGGUAAACACAGCCUGGUAUGCUGCCUCCCUGGAUCGUAGUCUCCAGAAAAAUGUCAUCUACAAUUUUCAAGCAUCAUCUGCUUGUCUGGAGUCAAUCAGAGAUUUAGGUUGGAGGCAAAGUCCAAGUGUGGCUCUGAGAAAUUUCGACGGGGUACCCAUUUCAAAUACGGUCAUUCAGAGCAUUAUGCUCCACCUGGCUCCAAAUCUGGAGAACCUGUCUCUGAGGGGCAGUUACAUCAGCGAGUCCUCGUUUGUGUCCCUGAUCACAUCAUGCCAUAACCUGCGAGGACUCGACAUCACUGGCUGCAACUGCCUUUUCAUGAGUGGCAUCUUGCUGUCCAAAGGCAAGAGCAAAUCGAUGAUGGCUGAAGCCCUGGUAAACCUCCAAGAACUCAACCUCUCCAACCUAUCGUACCUCUCUGACCAGACCUUCAAUCGACUUACCGAGUGCACACCCAACCUCCGAAAGCUAUCUCUUGCCAGCUGCCACAUUACCUUUGGGUUUGAUCCCUACCGAGGAAUGAGCGUAUUCAAUUCGACUGCUUUACUCUCGUUUAGUAACAUUCUCCAUUUUAUAAAUGGACAGGCAGCCACAUUGAAGGCCUUAAACCUUAGUCGUACCACAAUCACUAACGAGGCGAUGUGGUCGAUAGGUCAAGUUGCUGGGCUCUGCUUGGAAGAGCUGGCACUUCAGCAUUGUAGAGACAUUACGGAUGAAGCGGUUUCUGCCAUCUGUGCGUGCCAGCCUGGGCUCACUACGCUGGAUCUUGCUGGCUGCUCUGAGCUGACGGGAAAAUCGGUUUUGGCCAUAGUUUCAAGUCUACAGUGCCUGGAGAGCCUGUCCCUGAGCAGGGUCAGGAACAUCACGGACAGCGUGCUGAAGGAACUGGCCACAAUACCGACCCUCCAAGCCCUUGAUGUCUCUGAGUGCUACCAAGUCAAUGGUUAUGACCUGAUCAUGGGAUUAGCCUCGCCUAAGGCGGGGUCGAAACUAUCGAGGCUCAACUUCAGCUGCUGUACCAUGGUGAAUGACGAUUGCGUGUUCUCAAUGGCAAGGGUCUUGGGCGGCAGACUGCGAGAGCUGGACCUCACAUCCUGUGUAUACAUCACCGACAUCAGUGUGUGUGCCAUUGUUUACCACCUCAGGGGUCUGACCGUGCUGCGUCUUGGCUGGUGCAAGGAGAUCACAGACUGGGGUCUGCAGGGAAUGAUUGCAUCCAAUAAUGACAGCGAGCCAUACAGUAAGGGCGAUGGUGAGCCAGAGUUGAGCAGGAGCUUCGGUAAUAUGGGAUUUUUUGCUCCUCCCAAAUAUUUGAACGAGCAGCCUGAAGUCGUAACUGAAUCUGACAUUGAGGCCUCCAAGGAGCAAGAACGAGCUUCACUCAGUUCAUUGACACGUCUGAAGGAGCUCAGUCUGACUGCCUGUACCAAACUAACAGAUACCAGCAUAAUAAAGGAAAUCCGCUUUGAGGAGCUAAGGACCCUGUCACUGAGCAUGGUACGUGAGAUAACGGAUGAGAGCUUCAUCUCUAUUACGACGCACUGCCGUAGCCUGGAGCGACUGUCUCUCAGCCACUGUAGCCGACUGACUGACCAAGGGUUGAUUGGCGCUGCAAGCCACCUGAAGAAGCUGACUCACCUCGACAUCUCCUGCUGUGAUAAGAUCACCAGCCAGAUGCUGAAGGUCCUCAUGAAUGAGUGCAAGUGGCUGAAGAGUUUGGACGUCUCCAUGUGCGGUGGGCUGACUGUUGCGGACAUUGAACAACUUCAGCUACUCCACCCCACUCUCACUAAUGUCCAGGCGAGGUGCUUGGGUGGAGAUGACCUGCCCUUAACAUUGUGGACAAAGACUGAAUGAAAGACUUGAGGCUGCAGAUGCUGGAAUCCAUAGCAAAGAUUGAGCUGCUGGAAGAACUCGGCAGGUCGGCAGCAUCUGUGGGGAGCAAAGGGAUGGUCAAUAUUUUGGGUUGAGACCCUGCUACAGAACUGAGAAUGUAAACAAAUGAUAGCCUGUAUAAAGAGGUGGGGAAGGGGGAAGGAUGAGGCAGGAGUUGGAAAGCGAUAGGUGGUUUCAAGUGAGGAGGGUUUGAUCGGCAGAUGGAGGGUUGGAAAUAGCAACAGGCUGGGGGUUGAUAAGUGAAGACCACGAAGGAAUGCAGAUGAAGAUGGAAAACAAAAUGCUGGAGUAACUCAGCGGGACAGUCAGCAUCUCUGGUGUGAGAAGAAAUG